UUGUCAGCCCCCGGCUCCAGCCCGCCGCAUUAGGGACACAUCUUCCGACAUUUGCGACAGUUCCUCUCAAACUCUGGACCCAGGUUUCCCUUCCAUUUUCUUUAUCCGCGCCGUCACCUCCAUGACUUCCCCUGGAAUUAUCAGGUAGCCAGCAACUUUCGUCGCUCUCUUCGAUUCGCUCCCUUAUUGUGGUGCUGUAGGGUCGCACUGAUCGAUCCGGUCCCCUGAACGGAGCAAUCAUGGCCCCAAGCAGGCCAUCCCCGGGCUGGCGCCGUCUGACUGCCAUUGUCGCGGCCCUCGCCCUCCCAUGGACCGCGACGCUAGCAGUCGCCAACAAGGCCGCUGGCGACUAUUUCGUUCAUUCCCUUCCGGGCGCACCCGGAGGCCCUUUGGUAAAGAUGCAUGCUGGACAUAUCGAGAUCACUCCCGAACACAACGGCAACCUUUUCUUCUGGCAUUUUCAGAACAGACACAUCGCCAACAAGCAGCGGACAGUCAUCUGGCUGAACGGCGGACCGGGAUGCAGCUCCGAGGACGGCGCCCUGAUGGAGAUCGGCCCCUACCGGCUGAAGGACGACCAAACGCUGGCGUACAACGAGGGCGCCUGGAACGAGUUUGCCAACGUCCUGUUUGUGGACAACCCCGUCGGCACCGGCUUUAGUUACGUCGAUACGAACGCCUAUGUACACGAGCUGGACGAGAUGGCCGACCAGUUUAUCACGUUUCUGGAGAAGUGGUAUGCUCUGUUUCCAGAGUAUGAGCACGAUGAUAUUUACAUUGCCGGCGAGUCGUACGCUGGCCAGCACAUCCCCUACAUCGCGAAGCACAUUCUCGCUCGGAACAAGAAGCCGGAAACCCAACACAAGUGGAAUUUGGCGGGACUGCUCAUCGGCAACGGAUGGAUCUCGCCGCCUGAGCAGUACGAGGCCUACCUCCAAUUCGCGUACCAGAAGGGCCUGGUCCAGAAGGGCAGCGAUAUCGCCAACAAACUCGAAGUCCAGCAUCGCAUCUGCCAGAAAGACCUGGCCGUUAGCGAAAGCGCCAUCGACAACUCGGCGUGCGAGAAGAUCCUCCAGGACCUCCUGCAGCUCACCGCUACGCGCAACAACGACAACCGGCUCGAGUGCUACAACAUGUACGACGUCCGCCUGAAGGACUCGUUCCCGUCCUGCGGCAUGAACUGGCCGCCCGACCUGACGCACGUCACCCCUUACCUCCGCCGCAAGGACGUCAUCCAGGCGCUGCACGUCAACCCGAACAAGGUCACGGGCUGGGUCGAGUGCAACGGCCAAGUCAGUUCCAACUUCCGCCCCGUCAAGUCCAAGCCCUCGAUCAACUUCCUCCCGGACAUCCUUUCCGAGGUCCCUGUCAUGCUCUUCUCGGGCGCUGAGGACCUCAUCUGCAACCACCUGGGCACCGAAGCCCUCAUCAGUAACAUGGCCUGGAACGGCGGCCGUGGCUUCGAGCUCUCCCCUGGGACUUGGGCGCCGCGCCGGGACUGGACCUUUGAGGGCGAGCCCGCAGGCUUCUGGCAGGAGGCGCGCAACCUGACCUACGUCGUCUUCUACAACGCCAGCCACAUGGUCCCCUUUGACUACCCGCGCCGCACGCGCGACAUGCUCGACCGCUUCAUGGGCGUCGACAUCAGCUCCAUUGGCGGCAAGCCCACCGACUCGCGCCUCGACGGCGAGAAGGGGCCCGAGACGACGGUGGGUGGCGCCGCCGGGAACGGCACCGCGGGGCAGGAGGCAGAGAAGGCUAAGCUGGACGCGGCCAAGUGGGAGGCGUACCAACGCUCGGGCGAGAUUGUGCUUGUUAUCGUCGCCGUCGCGGCCGCUGCCUGGGGGUAUUUCGUCUGGCGCGACCGGAGGAGGAGGGCUGGGUACCAGGGGCUUGCCGGCGGGGAGAAUGCGUCUGCCGGCGGGGGCGGCGGGAGGAUUGGCCGCGUUUCCAUACGCGGGGUUGGCGGUAGUGGAAGGGGGAGGGAUGUGGAGGCGGGCGACUUUGACGAGACGCAGUUGGAUUCGCUGCAUGUGCGCUCGCCGGUGGAGGACCAGAGGGAUGUAAGGUAUAGUCUUGGGGGUGAGAGCGACGAUGACGAGGAAGAGGAGGAGGACGACGGGAAAAGGAAAGGGAAGGUUGCUAACAAGGCCAACGGGCAUUGAUCGUGGUCUGGUCUUGGCUAGUUGGGUUAUGAUAGUGUAGGGUUGGAAGAAGGUAUUUCUUUACGCACUGUACAUACAUGCCUGUUGUAGAUGGCGUUGCGGAUUAGGCUCGGUGUCAAUUCUGGUUAAGAUU